AUGUCUCUCUGCGACGACACGCUGCUGUGCAACUACCCAAAGUGUCGGGCCAAGCUGAGCGGCUUCGCCUGGGUCACGGCGUGCUCGCACGUCUUCUGCGACCGGCACGGGUCCGGUGAGUUCAGCCGCUCCCCGGCCACCUGCCCGGCCUGCUCCUCCGCGCUGUCCGGGAAGCUGGACAUCGUGAGGACGGAGCUGUCUCCCUCCGAGGAUUACAAAGCCAUGGUGCUGGCGGGUCUGCGACCGGACGUAGUUCUGGACAUCAGCGCCCGCGCUCUGGCCUUCUGGAGCUAUCAGGUCUAUCAGGAGCAUAUGUAUCAAGAGUACAGUCUGUCACGGGCUGAGGUGCAGCUGAAGCAGAUGGAUAAAGUGCUGACUCAGCAGAACCAGAGCAGAGAGCUGGAGCUCACCGGCAUGAGGGGGGAAAUCGCCUCCCUGAAGAAAGUGAUGGAGGAGUAUAAAAGGAAGUACAGCGAGGUGUCCGAGAGGCUGAUGGAGAGGAACCGGCAGUACCAGAAACUACAGGGUCUGUACGACUCUCUGAGGCUGCGCAACAUGGUGGUGGAUGUGGGGGAAAGAGACUCGCUGCCACAACCAGGACACCACGACUUCAACACGGGGGCGGCUCGGCAUGCAACUCCCCAGAGAAGCCCUCAGUUCGUCCCCGCGGGCCACGACGGGGACAGCAGGUUCUUCUCCUGCCUGGAGGCCGACGGAGCCAAGACCUUCUUCCAGUUCAGCUCCCCUAGCCGGGAGAGAGGCCGGCCCUUCAUGAAGAAGCACUGAGACACGGGCCCGAUAACCCCAGAAC